AUGGUUUUAAAUCGUGUGAGUAAUCAAACCUGCGAUCAUCGACACAGUCAGAAGUGCCACUUCGACACUGCGCCCGGUCUUAUGUAUUCAGCUAUUGAGAUUACUAUUAUUAAAGGAAAAUGUCGAGUAUUUGAACAAAGAGACGCCAAUAAAAGAGGAUCAUUUCAGCACGAAUACCCAACUGAGAGAUUAGACCUAUUGAACGGAAACAAUCUUGUAUUUCUAGUUCGCUUCAUCCAGAUCCGAUCUAUUGGGCAAAAGUGUUUCAAAACACCGCAAACGACACUAAGCUAUCUCGAGAGUCCUACAGGCCUAAUUAUACGACCGGCCAAC